AUGGUUGUUCAUGUUGGCGGUCUUGUAGCCAUUAUUUUUUUUUAUGUUCUGAUAUUAAUUGUCGGUAUUUGGGCUGGACGAAAACAAAAAUCAUCUGAAAAGUCUCCCGACACUGAAGAGAUCAUGUUGGCAGGAAGAAAUAUUGGUCUACUCGUAGGAAUAUUUACAAUGACAGCAACAUGGGUCGGUGGUGCAUAUAUCAAUGGAACAGCUGAACAAGUUUUCUCGACUGGUCUUCUUGCGUGUCAAGCACCAUUAGGCUAUGCUAUUAGUUUAGUUGUUGGUGGUUUAUUAUUUGCACGACCAAUGCGUAAUGCUGGAUACGUUACAAUGCUUGAUCCAUUUCAACGUAAAUAUGGACAAAGAAUGGGUGGUUUACUAUUUAUACCAGCACUGUUAGGAGAAGUAUUUUGGUCAGCAGCUAUUUUAUCAGCGUUAGGAGCAACAAUUAGCGUUAUUUUUACUGAUGUUUCAAUGACAGCAUCAAUUAUUAUUUCGGCGGCCGUCGUUAUUGUUUAUACUCUGUUCGGUGGAUUGUAUUCUGUUGCUUAUACAGAUGUUGUACAACUUGGAUUUAUAUUUAUUGGCCUUUGGAUAGCUGUUCCAUUUGCUUUAAAGAAUGAAAGUGUUGGCAGUAUAAUUAUGACAUGGCCUGAAUGGCAUGGCCAUAUUGAUAAAUCUCAAAUUGUUGAAUGGAUGGAUGGUAUGUUUUUACUCAUCUUUGGUGGAAUACCAUGGCAGGUUUACUUUCAACGUGUUCUCUCAGCUAAAUCAGCAAAAAACGCUAUGUAUCUCUCGUUUUGUGCUGCUAUUGGAUGUAUUUUGUUGGCUAUACCACCGGUACUUAUCGGAGCUAUUGCUAAGUCAACCAAUUGGAGCAUGACAGAUUAUGAUAUACAUAACGAUAUUACAUCACCUGAAGCAACAAAAUUAAUUUUACCAUUAGUACUUCUACAUUUAUGUCCAAAAUUUGUUGCAUUUAUGGGAUUAGGCGCCGUUUCUGCUGCUGUCAUGUCUAGCGCUGAUUCAAGUGUACUUAGUGCUAGUUCAAUGUUUGCUCGCAAUGUAUGGAAACUUGUUUUUCGUAAUCAAGCAUCGGAACGUGAAGUUCUACUCAUAAUGCGCAUUGGAAUAUUUCUUGUUGGAGCUGCCGCUGCUGGCAUUGGCAUUCUUGUCUCUUCAAUCUAUGUUCUCUGGUACUUAUGUUCGGAUCUUAUUUAUGUCAUACUUUUCCCGCAAUUACUUUGUGUUGUUUAUGUUCCGCAUACAAAUACAUAUGGUUCAUUGUGUGCAUAUAUUAUCGGCUUUGUCUUUCGUAUACUUAUUGGUGAACCAUCAUUAAGUAUUCCAGCAUUGAUUCGAUUCGGUCCAUAUAUUCCGCCAAAAACUUUAUGCAUGAUUAUUAGUCUAGCAACAACAUUAAUUAUUUCACUAAUAGCAAAAAUUCUGUUUGAAAAACGUAUUCUACCACCACAAUUGGAUAUUCUUCAUUGUCUUGUUAAUAUACCAAAUGAAGUUUUACCAUUGAAAGAAAGUGUAACGACUGAUGAAUCACAGCAACAAUAUCGUCUUGUAAAACCAAAGACAAUAGUAACAAUAGUAACAACAGAACAACAAUGUCUGAGUGAACCAGCAAUGAUGAUUAAUAGUUCAUAUUUACCGAGUCAAGAUACAUUAAAUAUCUAUCAAAAUUCAUGA